AUGAUAAUUGCAUCAUCUCUUGAUUUUGCAUCACAAUACGGACAUCCCACUGUUGUUGAAAAACUUCUUGAACAUGGUGCCGACAUCAACAAGUGUGAUAAUGAAGGUUGGUCAUCUCUGCAUUUUGCAUCACAAAAUGGACAUCUUCCUGUUGUAGAAAAACUAAUUGAACAUGGUGCCGACAUCAACAAAUGUGAUAAUGAAGGUCGGUCAUCUCUGCAUACAGCAUCACAAAAUGGACAUCUUCCUGUUGUAGAAAAACUUAUUGAACAUGGUGCCGACAUCAACAAAUGUGAUAAUGAAGGUGUGUCAUCUCUGCAUUUUGCAUCACGAAAUGGACAUCUCCCUGUUGUUGAAAAACUAAUUGAACUUGGUGCAAACAUCAACCAAUUGUGA